CAAAUCUGAAGAAGCUACAAUAGCUAGUUGAAGCAUCCCUUGCGUUAAUGGUGGAUUGUUAGAUUUGAUUUGAUUUUAGGAACAACUUAUCGAUCCCUCAAUCUGGUAUGAACAGAUCGAGGGCGUGGUCUAUUUGAUUUGAACUGAAUUUCGGAUUGAAGGAUCUCAUUUUCUUGGAGCAUUAAAGCAGAAAUUUUCUUGCAUCCUAUUCUGUUUUACCUAAAACAUGUGGAGAUUUAAGCCAUUCAGUCACAAAGAGCAGACUGGUCUUGAAGGCCGCACUAUAGAUGUUGGCAAUCUUAAAAUACAUGUCAUUAAGGCCAUUGCCGAAGGAGGGUUCUCUUGUGUCUACCUAGCUCGAGAUGCUGUACAUAUGUCAAAGCAAUAUGCUUUGAAGCACAUGAUAUGCAAUGACGAAGAAUCACUUGGAUUGGUAAAGAAGGAGAUAUCUGUGAUGAAGGUGCUGGCAGGACAUCCCAAUGUUGUCACACUUCAUGCACAUGCCAUCUUCGAUAUGGGUAGGACAAAAGAAGCAUUCCUUGUGAUGGAGUUUUGUGAGAGGUCUCUGGUUAAUGUGCUAGAGAGCCGAGGAGCUGGUUAUUUUGACGAGAAACAGGUGCUUUUGAUAUUCAGGGAUGUGUGUAAUGCAGUUCUUGCCAUGCACUGCCAGUCCCCACCUAUUGCACACCGAGACUUGAAAGCAGAGAAUCUUUUAUUAGGUUCAGAUGGCUUAUGGAAGUUAUGUGAUUUUGGAAGCACUUCCACCAAUCACAAACGUUUUGAAAAGCCAGAAGAAAUGGGGAUUGAGGAAGACAAUAUCAGGAAGUACACAACCCCUGCCUACAGGGCCCCCGAGAUGUGGGAUCUGUUCUUGAGAGAAGUUAUUAAUGAGAAGGUGGACAUAUGGGCUCUUGGGUGUCUCCUUUUUCGCAUAUGCUACUUCAAAAGUGCUUUUGAUGGGGAGUCAAAGCUCCAAGUCUUAAAUGGAAACUACCGCAUUCCUGAAUUACCAAAAUACAAUUCACCUGUCACGGACUUGAUAAGAGACAUGCUCCAAGCUAGACCAGAUAACAGACCAGAUAUCACGCAGGUCUGGUUUCGUGUUAAUGAGCAACUACCUAUUAAUUUACAGAAGUCAUUACCUGACAGACCACCUGAAUUGCCCUCAUCCAACGAUCAUGAAGGUGUGUCAAUGCCCUCAAACAGAUCACCUCCAAUGCCUCGUAGGAACCCACCUCCUCCACCUUCAUCUGGAGAACCCAAAACUUCACCACAGCCAUCCCCUGCUUCUAGGGGAGGGGGAAGUGGGGGUGCACUUGGUGCUUUCUGGUCCACUCAGCAUGCGAAGGAAUCACUUGUUGCUGAGGAUAAGAGCAAACCCAUUUUUGAUGAAGAACCAUCUAGCCACCAUUUUUCACUGAAACAUGAUAGAAUUCGUCCUGAAAACGAUCAAUUACCCAAAAAUGAUGGUCCUAACAAAGUGGUUAACACGCAAACUCAUACUGUGAAAAGCAGUACACAUGGAAAAUUACCCAAGCCUGAUACGGCACCCUCCAAGGAUUUUGAAUUAAAUUUGUUUGAGGAUAAAGAUCGUGUAGGUGAGAGUACAACUAACUUUCAAAACCAGGCUUUUAACACUUUUGUUGCUGAAUUCGAUGCCACUAAGCUCAACCCUGGACUUAAUAACAAACCUGAAAGGGAACAAGCAUUAGAGGCUGAGGUGGAGAUACUCAAAGAGAAGCUGAAGGAAGCUAAUUUGGAAAAAGCUGAAAUAACAUCAAAGUACGAAAAGCUUUCUGCUAUCUGCCGAUCACAAAGGCAAGAAUUGCAGGAUCUCAAGCAAGCACUCGCAGCUAGGACUCCUUCACCAAGUAGAGAGGGUUUGAAAAUCUCUCCCGCAGUUACAUCGUCUGCAUCUGCAUCUGCAUCUUCGGAUAAGUCAUGGCAAGCUUUUCCAGAGGAACCGCAACAACAAAGGUCUCUUUCAGCCGAGAAUACCUCCAAAUCUGUCAGGGUGAAAAAUGGUCAGCAGAACAAGCAACCUGUUCCUCUAGCUACUGAUUUUGAUUCAUGGGGUUUUGGAACAGAUAGCUUCAGUGCUGUACCUGCAGGCAGCCCACAGAUGCAAAGACCUAGCAGUGCAGGAACAAAGUCUCAGGCUUUUGGUGAGGCAAACAAGUCAACUUCUCAACCAGCUGGAUGGGCUGGUUUUUAACUGAGGGAAAAGUUUCUGAAGGAUCUAUACUGUGUGAUUGUUCUGAGACUUUUUUUUGUGUCCUACAUGGAGAAGUAAAAUGAAUGCAAACUAUUAUAUAUAUCCUGUAUGUUAAAUUCAUGUUGUUGAGUUUGUUUUCUUUUGUGGGUCAUGCUUUCAAAUGGUACAUGCUUCUUUGGACUAAAACCAAAGAUUGUGGCAUUGCUUUCAAAUCGUUUUCUUUUGUGGGUCGUGCUUUCAAAUGGUACAUGUUGUUGAGUGACGGUAUUCAUUUCCAUUUUGCAAGAUUGUGGCAUUGCUUUUUAUCAUAUGUUUCUGUUAAUUGGCUA